UCGCGGUUCAAGUGCUCAAGGGCACUCGAGGGUGGCAGUAUCCUAUCCCUCACUACUUUCGCCUCGCAUAUUGCCACUGCUGUAGCUUCAGACAGCACAGGCAAAUUGGUUGCGUAGAUUACCCUCGAAUCGGGCGAGGAGGUGAUGACAAUGAUGGACAACGCAUCCCGGGUAGAUGGGGUUGGCGGCAACAUGUCGGACUCAGGUGAGAGCUUUGGGUCAACAUCGUCGGUCGGUACUGGUGAUGAAAAUGAGCCGGCGCACCCCCACCACCUCAAGCUGCUCGCCCUGUCGGAGGUGCUCAUGUGUUCGCCCGUUCCGAACGAAGCUGGCAAGGUAAAGAAGAAGGAGGUGCCUUCAACGAUGAACGGCAGCAGCACAGGACUUCUGGAGGAGGCCAGGAAUAGGUGGCGGGGGAGAAAGGAGCGCUGCGUGCACUGGGACAGGGUAGAGAUCAACGGCAGAGAGUUCCCUCUCCAGCGCGCAGACACAUCCUCCAUAACACAGCAGGCCACCACCACUUCCGGAGGGCUAAUAGGGGGAACUGGACAAAGCAACACAUCCAAGCUGGCUGCUGACAAGGCACAAGCUUCCUACCUUCUCGUCGGCCACUCCACGUGUGACAUGUGCCUCAUGGAAUUUGAGGCCUCGAGCGUGUCGGGGGUGAUCACCAUGAAGCGCAUCUUGGAAACGCGACGGGACUGGGGCUUGGUCGGCGAAAAGAGCAAGAAGUACGCAGCAGCGAGCAAUCUGUACGAGCCUGCCCGGCUCUGCGCUCUGUGUAGCCAGUUUUUCUGCUCUAAGGAAGCAGAUGGUCGGGUGGGGGGUGAGGGCGGCGAGCUUGUGGCGUGCGGUGUUGGUCGGUCGGACGAGCACGUGUCGCUAUCGCUCGAGAACAUGGCAUCGAACAAGCCGCUACCGGACAAGGGGACAUCAGCGUUGGCGAAGAUGGCGACAAAAUCUGCCGGUGGCUGUAGUGCAUCGGCUGGUAGUGGCGUGCGACCGAGUCAACAUCGUCGGCGUCGAGAUGUCAGUGGAAGUAGCGACGGCACUACUACUGCUACCAACAACAGCGGCCAUGGUAGCAGCAGUAACAGGAAGGAAGCGAGAAGCCUCAAGAGUGCGGCAACGUCGGCGGCUAACUUCCGCUUAGACGAGCUGAUUGCGGACGACCGCUUCGUCGUGAAGGAAACCGAUCUGGCGAGACAAGUGGGAGCCGUCGCCUCCCAGAGUAGCACCGCCGACGGCAUGGGCGCCAACGUGUGCAGGGGGUUUGCCGCGGCAAAUCGGCGAGGGGAAGCAGAAGGAUGGGGUACAUCUGCAGGGACACCGUCAAGAUCUCCCAAUCCCGCAGCAUUGAUAAAUUUUCCGUCUGAAGGAGAAUCCCUUCUCGACUCUAGCGUCGGCGAUCCUACUCCUGUCACCCCAACGGCGUCGGCGUCCACAAAGACCACUACGGCAACAGCGUUGCCUGUCGUACAACAAACCCUUUCCUCUGCUCGUUCCACGCGUCCACAGAAACGAUCACCACCUUUGCCCGCACCGAAGAUGUGUCCGGACGAGGUUGCGGCCGCGGCGGCGGCCGCGGCGCGCACGUGCAGCCGCACCCGGCGAGAAAAUCAGCCGUGGUGGGAGAUAGACCUCGGGGGCGCCUUCCCCGUGCGGUGCAUCCGCGUGCACCACCCAGACCGUCGCACGGAGGCUACCAAGGCUGGCGCAUCGCCGUUCGUGGACGUGUCCCCCUUCUGGAUCAUGACGUCCGCCGGCGCGAUGGGGGACGCCGCGCCCGAGGAGGCCAAGCAGCUCGCCAUCUCGUCGAAGCGGGUUGGAAGCCACGGCAAGGUUACGGUGUGGAACCUGGGCGUGAAUCACUUCGCCGCGGCUGUGCGGGUGCAGGCGGAGGGGGUCAAGAGCCUCCAGCUCGCGAGAGUGGAGGUCAUCAAGGGCGGUGGCACCCAGCAAGCAAAGGAUGCCAUGCAACGCCAGCUGGCGGCUCGCACGGACUCCAACUAUUUACCCCACCACCGCCAACACCACGGCAUGUUUUCCGACGCGUCGGCAGCCCAAGGGUCCACGGCGACAUCAACUACAAGGUUGGCAAAGCAAAACACCAUCGGCGGCAGCAGCAGCAGCAGCAGCAACGACGAUGGCGGCGGCGGCGGCGGCGGCGGCGACAACGACAAUGACAAAGACGACGACAACGGCAACUACAAUGGACGUGGACUCAAGACGUUUAAGUCGAAGAUCCUUCACUUUUAUCACCAAGACCGAGGUGGCGGUGCUGCCGCUGAACCUGCAUCUGCUGCCAAUUCUUCAUCUGCAGCGGAGCCCUCGAGCUCUGAACCGAGGGCCGAGGUCGCAGCCACCGCCGCGGGGGGGCUCGGACACAUCCGGCCAAAAACUUGCUCCGCUGUCGCAGCCGGGGCGAGGAGCUCUUCAGCGGCCGGAGCAAGGUGCUCAACCACUUGGCAGAAGCGACGGCGGCGGCGGCGGGCGGAGGGGCUACCCGGGGAGGAUGUGCGGCGCCUGCUGCUGAGGGCGAUGGUCGGAUACGACUGGGUGGACGAGUUCAACGGCAAGGACGAACGCGUCCGGGGCGCGUUUACCGAGCAGGAUGUUGUGGUUCUCGAGGAAAUUUUCUUCCGCUGCGCUUUUGGGGACAACACCGAUGCUAGAGCUACCGCUACCGUUUCAGACCAGUCGCUCCGUCUAGAUCCGGGAGACCUGUGCGGUGACCUCCGCCGCUUGCAGCUGCAGAUGCAAACGAACCCUGGAGGGAAAGGGAAGACACCGAUGCUGCUGGCAGUUCGCGAGAGCCCCAACCUCUUCCAGUUGCUCUCUUCAGGCGUCAUCGAGGCCCUGCCCGACGCCCUCGCCAGGGCGGAAGCCCGGCUGCCUCAGGCCCAGCGGCCUCUCGGCCUAGACUGGAACCGCUUCUUGGGGGUGAUGGGCCUUUGCCUGGAGAGCGUCUACGGCGGGACGGGGCUCCUGGCGGCCUCCGCCGUCGCUCGACUGUUCGAAGAAAAAACGGACGACAAGCUGGAGUUUCUGACGCGACGUCGCAAUCGCCUGCCCCCACGGGACACGGUCAAAGUGGGUGCACGGCAGCAGAAGGGUAAGUACCGAGGGUUCGAGAGCGCGCCGGCGGUGGUUGGAGCGGACGGGUCCAUCGGGGUGACUGAGGGGACACCAGGAGGAGCAACGAAGGGGGCGAAGGCCGGCUCCGGUACGACAGGAAGCAGCGUUGCGGCCGGGUCGUACAGCGCUGAAGACACAUCGGUGCCCGAAGCCGGGUCGUCGAUGGGCACCAGAGAUGACGCUCUUUUCGAAGCAGGAAGCAGCGGGGCCAGCAGGGGUAGCAGGAGGCGGGAAGGAACACCGGCAACAACGACCAGCGCAAAUGGUCACGGCGGCGCGGUGGCGAGCAGACCGGGCGGCCCGGUCGUCGUCGGCAUCGGCGGCGGCUACGGCGACGCCGACUGGGGGAAUAGAAGCAAACGGCGGGGCGGGGGAGCCGCGGCGCUAAAGUCUCUCCUCCGCCCACAAGCACGGCACGAAGUUGUUAGAGGCUACGGGGAAGCGGUAUGCAAGCGGAGGGAGCGGCAGCGGGAAGCUCUCAAGCGCGCCCUGGAGCCCGACGUGGAGCCUACGCGGGCCUACAAGCCGUGCGGCCUGUGCCAGGCCCCCUUCCCCGUGGAAAGCCUGGGGUCCACGGUCAGCCUGAAAGUUCUUGCGACCUUCUUGGCGAUGGCCGGCGCCCCCAGCGAGCGCUUCGACCGCAAGGCGUCCGGGCUGUCUGCGUUGCACCGGUUGCCGCUCUGUGUUUUCUGCGGACAGUUUUUCGACCCCGACUUCCCGGGAGGGGUCAUUCCUCCCACCAGGAAUGCCACGCUGACAAGAGGGGGCGGAAGACGCCGCUUGAAGGGCGACGCCUCCCUCUCAUCAUCAUCAUCCUCGUUGGAAUCCUCCCUGCUCUUGUUUUCACCAUCUCUCCGUGCUACCGUUGAGGCGAACGGACUCGUUCCGUUCUUCGACGACAGGUUCCCGGAGAGGUGGUCGGAGGCGCCUCCGCCGUCGUCCGCCCCAGCGGGUCGUGCCUCCUCGCCAUCGCCGCCUUCUUUGUCGUUGCCGUCGAGACCGUUCGAUGCAUUGUGCUCGUCCUCGAGUGCGACGGGGCAGCACAAGGGCCACGGGUCGGCCCCGUCCUCUGCAACAACGCGUGGUGGUGGUGGUGGUGGCGGCGGCGGCGGUGCUGGCGACAAGCAGCACGUGGGCGAAGCGACGGAGCUGAGGGAAAUUGGGAGGCUAGUGCGUCGUGGGUGUUCGAUACGCGACAGGCUAACCUUCCCUCCCUAGCUGGAGGGACGACCCCAAAAAAGGCGUGACCUCGGAUCUGCGUUGUGAGCCGUCUGUAGUCUAAGACCGAUCAAGGAUUUGUAUAAUUUUCUUUUUUGUUCGUUGAGGUUCACUGGGCUGUUCUGUUGGUAAACUCGUGGCUUAUGGGG